AUGUUGAGGAUGAUAACAGUUAGACCAGGUCCAAGUGGAUUUGUAUCAGCUUCAACUGCUGAUGGCUCCAAUCUUACUGCUAUUGUUACAGGCGGUGCAAGCGGCAUUGGUUUGGAGACGGCAAGAGUUUUAGCAAUGAAUGUCAUUAUUGCAGCAGGAAAUAUGGAGGCAGCGAAUGAGGCAAAACAGUAUAUUCUCAAGGACAAUAAAGAUGCUCGCAUCGAUAUUGAGAAACUUGACCUGAGCAAAAUUAGAUCUGUCGAGGCAUUUGCUGAUAGUUUCAAAGCACUUAACCUUCCCUUCAGCAUCCUAAUAAACAAUGCAGGUGUCAUGUUCUGUCCAUUUCAGCUUUCAGAAGAUGGCAUAGAGAUGCAAUUCACGACAAAUCAUAUUGGUCACUUCUAUUUGACUAACCUUCUAAUAGACAAAAUGAAAGAAACAGCAAAAUCUACAGGUAUUCAGGGUAGGAUUGUGAACGUGCCAUCAUUAGUUUACCAGGUCACUUAUAAAGGAGGAAUACAGUUGGAUAAAAUUAAUGACAAGAACAGUCAUCGUGAUGAACGAGCAUAUGGUCAAUCCAAAUUGACCAACUUCUUACAUUCCAAUGAGCUUUCUCGCCGAUUACAGCUUCAAAGACUUGAUAAGUUGUAUGCAGUUCCUGAGAAACUAAACCUGGAAAGAAAUGCCAUUCAUACUUAUGAAAACUGUUACAGAAAUGUACUGUUUGAGUUGAGCUUUACUACUAGUGCAUAA